CGGGGCCUGCGAGGGCUGGCCCCUGGGCGCGCGCGGGGAGGACAGCGAGGUGGAGGAGGACGAGGAGAUGGACGAGGUGAGCCUGCUGUCCGAGCUCGUGGAAGCGGCCUCCUUCCUGCAGGUCACGUCCCUGCUGCAGCUGCUGCUGUCCCGGGUGCGGCUCAACAACUGCCUGGAGAUGUACCGCCUGUCGCAGGUGUACGGGCUGCCCGACCUGCAGGAGGCCUGCCGGCGCUUCAUGGUCGUCCACUUCCACGAGGUGCUGUGCAAGCCCCAGUUCCACUUCCUGGGGUCUCCUCUCCAGCCUUCAGGGGACAUCGGCCUGAAGCAGAGGCUGAGGGAGGCCCGGAUGACGGGGACUCCUGUCCUCGUGGCCCUGGGGGACUUCCUGGGGGGACCCCUGGCCCCGCACCCCUACCAGGGGGAGCCCCCGUCCAUGCUCAGGUACGAGGAGAUGACUGAGCGUUGGUUCCCGCUGGCCAACAACCUUCCUCCCGACCUGGUGAAUGUCAGGGGUUAUGGGUCCGCCAUCCUGGACAACUACCUCUUCAUAGUGGGCGGGUACAGGAUCACCAGCCAGGAGAUCUCCGCUGCGCAUUCCUACAACCCCAGCACCAACGAGUGGCUCCAGGUGGCCUCCAUGAACCAGAAGAGGUCUAACUUCAAACUUGUGGCUGUUAAUUCAAAACUCUAUGCCAUUGGAGGACAGGCCGUUUCUAAUGUUGAGUGUUACAAUCCUGAGCAAGAUGCAUGGAAUUUUGUGGCACCCUUACCAAAUCCUCUGGCUGAGUUCUCUGCAUGUGAGUGUAAGGGGAAGAUUUAUGUCAUUGGAGGAUAUACUACCAGAGACCGGAACAUGAAUAUUUUGCAGUACUGCCCCUCUUCUGACAUCUGGACGCUCUUUGAAACAUGUGACGUCCACAUUCGCAAGCAGCAGAUGGUGUCUGUGGAGGAGACCAUCUACAUCGUGGGAGGGUGUCUCCACGAGCUGGGGCCCAACCGGAGGAGCAGCCAGAGCGAGGACAUGCUCACCGUGCAGUCCUACAACACUGUCACCCGGCAGUGGCUCUACCUCAAGGAGAACACGUCCAAAUCGGGUCUUAACUUGACUUGCGCACUCCAUAAUGACGGCAUCUACAUCAUGAGCAGAGAUGUGACCCUGUCCACCAGCUUGGAGCAUCGGGUUUUCCUCAAGUACAACAUCUUUUCAGAUAGUUGGGAAGCCUUUAGGCGUUUUCCAGCCUUUGGACAUAACCUCCUGGUUUCCUCUCUUUAUCUGCCCAAUAAGGCAGAAACAUGACUGAAUUGACUUGGUAUUUAAAAGAAACCUGGUUCAAGACAGAAAAGAUUGUGGUGUCCCAUUUCUAGGAAGACUGAUUUCUAAAGGGAAAGUAGGGGUUAAAGUAGGUCACGCAUAUGCAGUAGCAGCUGUAAAUAAGCUUACUUGAUCUAAUUACUUGAGCACUCGUGGAGAAAAGAGACCAACUUUUUUUUUAAAUUAUUGAUUUUUAAAUUAUGGGAGCAAAUCCAUGAUAAUGUUUUCUCCAAACGUGAUCUCUUGGGCCAGUGACUGAAACUGAUCAUCAAAAAGUAGAUUCAUUGUGUCUGCUUGGUAAAGGGCCAAAGUCAGUGACUAGAAUGAAGGUGAUUUUAAAAUCUGUUUUAUUUAGGUCCCUUGAAAUACCAUUAGUACCUUAAGUGAGAAAUUUUCUUUUUUUUUUUUUCAAUGUACUUGACAAACAUUCAUAUUAACAUUGUAAUUCUCUCUACCCUGCCUCAAUCCUACCCGCACUUCUAGUGUGUUAAAUAGUGUUCUGUGUUCAGGUAUUUUGUUUGCACACUACGUUUCAGGAAACUUAAAAUUAUGGAACCCCACAGUGAAUCCUUGCAAGUGUUCAGUCCUCCCCAAAAUUUACAUAAAAACAUUCUCAGCUAUUUUUCCAGUCCUUUUUGCAAUUACAAAUGAUAGAUAAAUAGACUGAUACAACCUCUUAUUUUAUUUAUGUGGCACAUUGCAUAUUUAUGUGGUCAUAUAGGUUGCAUUGGUAGGUGUUCUGUACUGUUUAAAAUAGAGGAUAUAUUGUUUAAAAGGAUGGAUAUAUGUAUAUUUUUAAAAAUUGAGUCUUAAAUAUGAAUCAAGGGAAGGGAGGGAAACACCAAAUAAGGAAAAACGUUUGCCUUUAAGAGUUACUUUUAUUGAAUGUAUUUGACUUCAUUCUUAUUUUAAGGCUGAAAAUGAACCUUAUCUUCUUUAAAUCAGGCAGCUUUCUAACCUAAUCUUAACUUUGUAAUUGAUGCUUUGCUUUUGUGGACUGAGGUGAGGAUAGCUGUAAAACAUUUGUGCUGGAGAGAGAGGAAGAAGUGGAAUGGCUUCUGGUGGUGUUUCUGAAAUUAUGUAAAGUGCUUUACUUGUCUUGUUUUAACUCAAAUAGAGCUGAGCAGUUGUUUUCACUUAAGUCAGUUAAUAGCAAACAAAAGUUGCCAAUUGUAGAUCAACAUUUCUUAAAAAAUGUAUACUCAAACUUAGGGGAAUUUUAGUUUGAUUGAAAAAUACUUUCUGAAAUUACCUGAUAUUUUUUAAUGGAAUCAGUUAACCUGUGAACUAGAUUCCAUCUUUCUGCACAAACAGCAGGCAGAACCAUUUCAGUUGCAGCAUGCCUCUCUUUAAGGAAGUCCUAUAGGAAAACAAAAACUGUCACAGUAAAUGCAUGCAUUCAACACUUACUGAGUGCCUGCAGUAUGCCGUCCACUGUGCAGAUAUAAGACGGAGUAGGUGGUAAUCACUUAACAGAGCUCUUCAGUUUAUUAGAGGAGUCACUACAGGGUUUCUUUAUAACCAUGGCCUCUAGUAUAUUUAAAUAAGGGUCCAAUUAUAAAAAUUCUAUUUGCACAACUUGUCAGGAAUACGUCUAUAAGUAAAAUGAGGUAAGCCUUUAUUUUGGACAGAGAAACAAAUCUUUGUAUCUUGUCACCAAAUAAGCUUAUCAAUAAUCUACUUAUAAUUUUUUAAGGAUUUCUAAGCUGUGUCCCUAUAUUCCCAAAUAUUAAGUCCUUUUUAAAAAAAAUAAAUAAAUAACUUCUGAACCAAAAUAUCCCUGGGAAUAGUUGUUGAAUAAUAGAUUUAUAUUAAUUUAUAUUCAUUGUAAAAUAAAUUUCCAGUGACCUAUAAUUUCAUUACAUAUAUCUUAAAAUCUAAUUUAUUUUAGAUAGUUUAACUUUUUGUUCAUAUAAAGCUUAACUUUUUAAAGGCUUGAGUCUAUAAAUUCAGAAGAUAAGCCAGUUUAAUUAGUGUCGGACAAACAAUUGGAGAUUAGCUUGUUAACAAUCACAUCAUGUAAAAUAGAAUAUUAUUCCUGCCAAACAAUUAUCUUCGGGGCUGCAUCAUUGGGUCUGUUUUCCUAAUGCUGAAAAUUAGAUUCUUGGACCAAGUGAAGGUAUAAUCUGAUCCACAAAGCUUUUUUAUAAACCAGGUUUGGGGUGUGUGUGUGUGUGUGUGUGUGUGUGUGUGUGUGUGUGUGUGUGUGUGUAUACGUAUAUAUGCUUGUAUAUUAUAGCUCUCUCAGAUACACAGACUUCCGUCAGGAUUUGGUUCCUCUGGGCUGCCAGCCAUGCUUGGCAAAGGUGGGAUGUGCAAUAGGAACAGAGCUGUGGAUUUUGUGUUGUCAUCCUUCCUGCUGUGCACAUCAGCUGUGUUGACAUUUUGAGGGUAGUUUUAAUUUAGCUUUGUUCUCCUGUUGGUGCCAAUGUUAUAUUGAAGACUACCUAUGAUGAAGGCCAUUUUUUUAAAAAAAAACUCCCUUCAUCCCCCAGGAGUGUCCUUAACUCUGAUAGCAUCUCUAUUUUCUUCCCAUUUUCUUAUCUAAAUGCUUUAUCCAUUUUUUUCUAAGAUGCUGACCUCCCACUAUGGAGAAAGGGUUUGCUGGAAAGAUUUCCAGUGACAGCCAGUAGUACCCUAUUUUACAGAGAAUGGUAUGAGUGGUAGAGAGUGAGUCCUGUGUUCGGGUUGGUAAAAGGAGGUUGUUGGUCCUUUCUGUCAUUCUUUCUGACUUUCUUUUCAACUGCCUUAGUUUCAGAGGCCUCUCCCCUUAGCAUCGUUUAAAGGGUUUUCUGAUGAAUGUUUAAGUGUUGAUUAUUUCAACAGUAUUGGUUAAGUCAUAAUGAAGUACUGAGAAGGUUAUACUAGUAAGAAACAAACAGAAGGCUCAAGAUUAAGCAUAGAAACCAAAGAGAAUUUAACUCCAACAUUUUUUUUAAACACCAAGAUCCCAAGAAAUUCCAAAUGCCUUAGAUAUCAAAGCUAUACAGCACUGAAAUAAAGUUCUUUCUCUGCAAAGGGAGUAAUCAAGUAAAUGCCUGUUCUCUUUCAAAGAACAAUUGCUUACUGAGCAUGGUGGAUACAGCGUUUUCAGAUUUCCAGGUAAAGUUAUGAUCCUGCCUGUUUGGCAGAAGAGGGAAAUUGAGAGGCAAGGUCUUAGUCUUCCUGAUCAGCCAGCAUUUAACGAGCAGUGGUUUAAUGCAGAUCACUUGGGAGGCAGCAUAGCAACAUAGAGGGAUAUGAGUGAGUGUUGGAUGCCUUUUUCCUAGACCAAGAUGGGGAAUAUAUAACAUCUAUUCUGCUGUUCUUUGAAGGUGGCAUUUUGAAGGAGUGUAGCACUCUUCCUCCCUGGUUUCAGAAUCCAUAUCGUAUCAAUGCUUCCAGACAUCUGUUCCCAAUCCAUCAGAGUAAAAUAAAGCCUGUUGCCAUCCCUGCCCUAGACAUUCGAGUGAAAGUGUUAAGUGGGUAGACAGCAAAUAAAAUGGCUUUGAAAGCAGUGAGCUGAUCAGCUCAGUUUCCUGGUUACCAGAAAUACUUACUGAAUGUUUGUUAUGUGCAAGACAACGCUAAGAACAGGGGAUACCAGCAUAAAUAGGCCCGGUCCCUGAUCUUGAAGAGCUUGAAUAUUCACCGUAAUUGUCUUCACCAGGGCAUCCUUCUCAAAGAUACCCACUUUUGUCAGGCACUGGGGGCUCUCUGUUCCUGUGGCCUCUUAAGUCUUGGUCCUUAAUCUGUCCUUUGCUUCAUGAUUGACUAACAGUUGUCACAAACCAGUUUUUUGUUUGUUUUAAUUUGAGCAUCACAUCCUAUAUUUUUGUGGGGGUUUUUUUGCUGUAUUUUUUUUUUCUCACCACUUUUCAUAGUCUUCUCUGAACUUCAUUUUUGUGGAAAAAUGGAAGCUACAUGUAAUCUGCUUUAUUUACAAAUACUCCCUAAACACUAGCCUUUGCAGUUGAGCGCUCCCCAACUUGGUCCAGUGAAAGGGAGGAGCAAAGUCCGUGAAGUUAGUACCAAGAGAGGCAAACCAACCGCACGUGUGCUUAUGCUAUGCCUUUGAAACCCUCCCACAAAAAGUAUUAGUAAAGAAAUAAUCAUUCUGCACUGGUACUGAUGAAAAGUCAGUUGAUUUUUGCCUUUGUGGUACUUGUCAAAGGAUAGUUUUUCAUUCUUAUGCUUCAUUCAUAUAUGAUUGUUCUUCGUUUUCUAUAUUAACUUAGGCAUAAAUUCACACCAACUGGCACAUGCUGACUUCCGUGUUGACAUAACCAUUUUUAUUCAUUCCUAUAGGAAACAUUAAAUAUAAAAGAUGGUCAAUUUUGAAGAACAAAAGGGUGCUGAAAUGACUUAGAGAGUUGGCUGGUGCUUUCUCAAAUGGAUGCCAUAGUUUAUUACUAGUAAAGAAAAGGAAAAUGUGAUUUGCAUUAUUGUGUGUGUCAUUUUUUUCUAUCAAGAACCUUAGGAAUGGGGCACUUUAGCUGUCCCUACAAUGUUUUCGUGUCUUGUAGUCAUUUUAAGGAAAACAAUAAUCUGUAGAAUGAAUAGAUAUGUUUUGUUAUCACUGAUACUUUCUUUGUUAAAAAGGUUGUAUUGAGUCUUCAAUUUCAAGUGUAGCUUAAGAGUAAACAUUAUAUGAUUGAUUUGAAUACAAUGAUGCCUAUGAAGCACUCACUAUAACAGUAUUCAUUUUGUGUUGAUACUAGAACUAUAGAAGAAAUUCUCUUCAAAUAAAAUAGUUCUCAAUCACUA